AUGGACCGAACCCAAACCACAUCAGCUUCGGGAAGGACCGGUUCCGGUUCGUCACAAUUUGGUCCAGUGACGUGGAUCCGUCCACCUCACCCUGAUUGGCAGGCACCUGAGCGGCUGCUGCCGCCCUUCCCUGUUCCCUCAGCGGCUGAUAGUGAGGGUGGGAAGGGCAAUGGAGAGGAGGGUAGGAGGGAGGAGGGUAGGAGAGAGGAGGGUAGGAGAGAGGAGGGUAGGAGAGAGGAGGGUAGGAGAGAGAGGGAGAAGGCGGGCGAGGGAGGAGGGGAGGCGGGGGUGGUGAGUGUGCGAGUAGCGGAUUGCAGCAGCAGUGUGCUGUAUCCUCUCGUUAUAAGCACAGUGGUUCCUCGGCCUAUAGCCUUCAUCUCUACAGUUUCCAAGACUGGUGUGGGGAAUCUUGCUCCCUACUCCUAUUUCAAUGCUGUGGCUCACAACCCCCCCAUGCUUGCGAUUGGUCAUUGCUGGUCCAAUGGGAAGUCAAAGGACUCGCUCACAAACAUACUCGAUACAAGAGAGCUGGUAGUGGCGCUGAUCAGCGAUUGGUUCGUGGAGGCAGCCAAUCACACGUGCGGGCCGUUUCCCCCCGAGGUGGAUGAGAUGGGGCUCGCUGGGCUGACCCCCGUGCCGUCUGUCGUGGUGAAGCCUCCCCGUGUGGCUGAGUCAGCAGUGAACAUGGAGUGCGUUGUCAGACACACAUAUGACGUCACAGACAGGGAUGGAAAUGUGACAACAACGAUUGUGCUUGUGGAGGUGGUGAUGUUCCAUUUCUCUGAGCAUGUGGUUACACGCACCCCCAACACAGGAAAACUGAUUGUUGAUCCAGCGAAGCUGCGUCCAAUGUGCAGACUCGGGGGAAACACGUAUGGCUUUGUGUCCCACCUGUUUGACAUUGCAAGGCCAGAUAAAGAUGGCCGGUACCCCUGUCACAAAGGAUUUGUGCAAAGUGAGAGGGACAAGAUUGUUUCACAAUAG